GCUGUUAGGUGAUCUCACUCGGGAUUGGUGCAGUGUUGAGAUGUUAUUCAGCUGUUAGAAUACACUCGUCUGAGAGAGAUAUACAUUGUAAACUGCAAAGCAGAGCAUUGUUUUCAGAAAGCGCACUGUACUGCAGCUUGGAGUAACCCUGCUUCACUUGGUCGCGCGAACGGAAAAGUAGUUGGCAGGAUCGCUGGGGGUGCAGUAUGGCACUUGAAGCUGAAGAGAAGCGGGUUGGCGGUGCGCAUGAGAGUGAGAUGACUGAGGAGAGCUUUCUGCAGGAGCUGUACCAUUUCAUGAGGAGCCACGAGACCCCCAUCGAGAAGAUACCACACCUUGGCUUCAAACAGAUCGACCUUUUUGUCAUGUACCAGACUGUCAAGAGCCUCGGAGGAUAUGACGAGGUGACGAAACACCAGCUCUGGAAGCAGGUGUACAAUAAACUGGGAGGAAACCCUCGCAGCACAAGCGCAGCCACCUGCACCCGACGGCACUACGAGAAACUGAUUCUUCCGUUCGAGCGACACCUCCUGGGGGGGGGGAGCCUUGCUCUGUCCCAGCACAGGCCUCAGAAACGGUCCUGGAGUGGGAGUUUAGCAGAGAGGGAGGAGGAGUCGGCUGAGCUGAAGAUGGCAAAGCACAGACUGCAACAGCAAAGUCUGAGAUUCUGCCAGCCCAGCACUGCAGUGCGAGAGAAACACCAGGAUUCGGUUCCACACAGCAGAGUGAGGCUAGUCUCCUUGCCAGUAGCUGAGCAGAUGAGACAAUACUACAAGCUGAACCCUUCACUGACCAGAUGCCAGCCUGGCACUUUGUUGACUGUCCCUAGGCAGAGGCAUUACCAGCCUGCGAUGCAGCCAGAAGAACCUGCUGAAGGACCCAAGCAACAGCUGGUGCUGCUCAGGCACCUUGCCCAGGAGUACACACAUUCAUCAUGCUGGGCUGAACCCUUGAACCUCAGUCUGAAACCCCGGAACACAACAGCUGCAAGCAAACCAGGCCAGUCCUUAUCUUUGACCCCAGAGCCCAACGGCAAAGUUCCCAAAUUCUUAAACACAGUUUCUCCGCUGUAUGCUUCCUGGAACUCUACAAAGGAAGAUGCACAUAGAAUGGUAUCUCCACUCAAGGAUCUUGACCCUGUAGUUGGACAGUCUUUUGCCUUACAGGAGGAGGUGUCUGUGAUUGACAUGACGAGGUCUCCUUGUUCAGUUUCUGCAGGUAGUUCUGCAUCAAGACUACCUAGUCCCAAUGGACAAGCUCCACAGGACCGAAGUUGCAGCACUCCCAGUUCCCUGGCAAUAAGGGGAAGCAAUGGCGAAGCGAUUGGCAAUUCUGUCAGUGAGCCUUGUAAAUCCCACUUGGGACCUCUGAAUCCUCAGGCCACUCCUAACAAAAUGGAGAUCCAGAUUCCCUUUUCGCUGUUGCAGAGCUGGUUCAGGAGCCUGAAAGACAAGCCAGGCUCCAUUGUCCCACCUAACAGUUGUAGGGCACCAUCUGCAUACGAAGACCCCGGCGAUGUUGGCAGGGGAUCAGUGCCCAAUGUGGAUAUGACAGCCAGGCCACUGGAGAAUGCCAAUGAUCAGCAUUUCCAGAGGCCUUACAGGGGACAAAGGAGUCCUGAAGAAGAUCAGAUUUGGAGGAAUCAGCUGCGACAGCUCUCCAGAGAGUCAAGGAGGUAUUUAUACCCUUUAGAUCCUGCCAGCGCAAGCCAUCUCACUGCCUCAGAGACCAGCCUGAGCGGGCAUCCUAGGUACACCUGUGUCAACAGCCAGAUGAUUCCCAUGGGAUUGAAAGUGAAAGAGUGGGAAGACGUGUCUGACUGUCACAGCGAUGUGAAGACAGUCCCUGAUGCCAUCGUGCCUUCGUCUGGCUCACCUGGCAGAUCUCACAUCACACAGUGCGAUUCAGUUAGAAGAAUGUAUGGUCAACAAAAGCACAAAGAAUACCUCAAGCAUUAUUCUUUUGAGGACAGACCCCUGCAAAGACCUUGCAAUGACAACAACAACUUGGUGCUAGGUGGCAGCGGCCACUCCCCUCCCUAUAAAGGCUACCAAGUGACCAGGCACCCCUCCAGUAUUGGUCAUGUACCAGAACUACAGGUGGAGACUGCGGGGUCUAGGUCACUAGCCGAUGGCGUCGGUACUUCACCUUUAACCUCUUCUGGAGGGCAUGUGAAAACAGCAUCAGCCCCACAUCAGGUCUUGCUAAUGAACCAAGCCUCACCCACAGCACUUUCACUGACACAUGAUGAAUAUCUAAAACUACGGAGACUCAUAUCCAGCUCCCCGUAAUACUGAAUCAGGCUGUACUGUAUAUUGCAUUGAUUGUUCUAGUGUCUCGAUCCUCUGUGUCCCGGAUCCAUCAGUCUUCGUAUUGUUACUUUUUUUUUGGUUUGGUUUUUUUUUUAAUUUCUUUUUUUAUACACAGGAUUUGUUUUUCUGACUGUAGCUUAAAAGCUUAAAACUUAAAAGUGCCGAAUACUUGAUGGUGAUGGCUCUUACUUUUAUAGAGACACUUUGGCUAAUCUAGCUUACAUUACAUGUUGCAUGUCUGUAGCAGGCAGCCAGAACUGAAGAGCAGCCACUCCUGAGCUCUGGUGAAAGCAGCAUGGUGCAUUAGAGCUUCAGAGUUUUUAAGAAGCGCAUUACUUUGCAAUAUAUUUGUUCAACAUAAUCCCAAUUGUUUUUAUAUUUGUAUUCACACAUCAUAGGUAAAUUACCUUUUUUCAGCUUGGGUAUAAGAGAAAUUCUCUUUCCCGUGGCCAACUCUCUGGAGUAAAUGUUGAGAAAUCUAUACCCCAGUUGAUAUACGACCCCAUGAUGUUUGAUAAAAAAUUUCAAAGGAGUCGGCAAUAUGUUUAAAAUAAAACUCUGGGAUACAGAUAACAUGGGACACAAAACAAGUGCAGGUGUAUCUUAAAUUUAAAAAAGGGUUGAGUAAUUCAUGUUUUAAUCCAUUUAAUUAAUGCCUAACAACUUCAAAUUUCUUAAAGGUAAUUAAUCUGAAAAUACGAGUAUCAUGAUACCCCUAAUAUAUAAUAUAAUGGCUUACUACUAUGAUUCGCUAUAGCUAAUACAGGGUAAAUAUAAUGCUGUCCUGACAUAUUGUACUGUGCAUAUGUAUAGAUAAUGUUCUCUCAUUGUGUUUAAUGUUAAAUAUUUAUAUCUGUUAUUUCAUGAUGUCUAUAUAUAUAGUUUGUAAAUACUUUAAGCAAUGCAAUAAAUAUGCAUACUGACUGUAAAAACAGGACAGUAGAGACUGCAAUCUAUAAAACCACCCCUUAUAGUGCAAGGUGCUAAUCCUCCAUUAUCUGCACUUAUCAAGUUUCUUUACUGGCCUGCUUAUGCGUGAAUUGAAGAGGCAUUUGUACCACCUGAUACAUGUAUUCUAUGGGUGAAAACACAAAAUCUGUAUUGUAUUACCAAGAAUGUUGUAUUAGUUACUGUUUCCUUAUUGGUUUGUCUUUGCCUGUAGCUUGCUGUGUACUGAUAAUAUAACAUCAUGUAAUAAAAUUGUAUGUGUAAAUGA